AUGAUAAAAACUCAGGCAUCCCCCCACCCCUGUCUCUCUUCCUCUCAGGUUUCUGACAGAUGUGACUAUGUCUUCGUCAAUGGGAAAGAAAUGAAAGGCAAGGUGAACGCGAUGGUUCACUUCACCUACCAGCACCUAAGCAGUCCUCUGGAGAUGACGGUGUGGGUGCCUCGGCUGCCCCUGCAGAUCGAGGUCUCGGACACGGAGCUCAACCAGAUCAAGGGCUGGAGGGUCCCCAUCAUCUCCAACAAGAGGCCAGCUCGGGACAGUGAGGAAGAGGACGAAGACGAGAGAAGGGGCCGGGGCUGCACUCUUCAGUACCAGCAUGCCAUGGUGCGAGUCUUGACUCAGUUUGUGGCCGAGGCGGCUGAGCCUGGGGCACACCUGGCCCACCUGCUGGGCUCGGACUGGCAGGUGGACAUCACGGAGCUGGUAAAUGACUUCAUGCAGGUGGAGGAGCCCCGGAUCGCCAAGCUGCAGGGGGGGCAAGUCCUGAUUGGCCAGGAGCUUGGGAUGACCACCCUUCAGAUCCUGUCACCUCUGUCAGAUGCCAUCUUGGCUGAGAAGACCAUCACUGUGCUGGACGAGAAGGUGACAAUCACAGACCUCGGGGUCCAACUGGUGACAGGGCUGUCCCUCUCCCUUCAGCUCAGCCCAGGGAGCAACAGAGCCAUCUUCGCCACUGCAGUGGCUCAGGAACUUCUGCAAAGGCCCAAACAGGAGGCAGCCAUCAGUUGCUGGGUCCAGUUCAGUGAUGGUUCUGUCACCCCCUUGGAUAUUUACGAUGCAAAAGACUUCUCGCUGAUGGCCACAUCCCUGGAUGAGAAGGUGGUCUCCAUCCACCAAGACCCCAAGUUCAAGUGGCCUAUCAUCACUGCCGAAGCCGAAGGACAGGGAGCUCUGGUCAAGGUCGAAAUGGUUAUUUGUGAAUCAUGCCAGAAAUCCAAGCGGAAGAGCGUGCUGGCUGUGGGCACCGCCAACAUCCACGUUAAAUUUGGCCAAAACAACGCCAACCCCAACGCUAGUGACAGCAGACGCUUGGGGGCAGGAGUUCACUCGGAUAAUAACAUCAGCGACAGAAGACCCCCCAAACCCUUGCAAGAGUGGGGGAGUCCCGAGGGCCAGUACUUUGGCAGUUCGUCCAUGGGCCUCAUGGAAGGAAGGGCCUCCACAACAGAGAAGUCCACCUUCCAGAAGAACCAGGGCCAGGAGAGCCUUUUGGAUGAUGACAGCCAUUUGCAAACCAUGCCCUUUGACCUCACCAGCUUCCCAGCCCAGGUGGACCUGACCAGAAGCAACGGGGAAACGGAAGACCCCACGCAGGCAUCCAAGGGGCUGAGCGACUUGGAAAUCGGGAUGUACGCCCUGUUGGGUGUCUUCUGCCUGGCCAUUCUGGUCUUCCUAAUAAACUGCGCGACCUUUGCCUUUAAGUACAGGCACAAACAGGUGCCCUUCGAAGAACAGGAAGGUAUGAGUCACUCGCACGACUGGGUUGGACUGAGCCACCGGACCGAACUCUUGGAGAAUCACAUCAACUUCGCCUCCUCCCAAGAGGAGCAGAUCACCGCCAUCGACAGGGGCAUGGAUUUUGAAGAAAGUAAGUACCUUCUCAGCACGGGUUCCCAAAAGAGCAUCAAUGGACAACUGUUCAAAAUGUCAGGCUCCACCCUCACGGAUGGGAAGGAUCAGAAGAGCGAGCCCCCCACGUCCCCUACCUCCAAAAGGAAAAGAGUGAAGUUCACCACUUUCACCACCAUCUCCUCGGAGGACGGGUGCUCCACCGUGAACUCUAUAGCCACGAGUCGGGAGGAUACCAUGAACUGGGUCCACCAGGAUCUGGACCCUGGGGAGUGUCGAGAGUCAUGCAGCUACGUGGAAGGUUUACACGAGGCUGUGUAAGCCGGGGGCGUUCACGCACCUUGGUUCUCACUCACCUUUCGGCCUUUAAUUUGGGGACAUGUGGCAUUCCCCAGUGGGGGAAAGAA